CUUCAGCCUCGAAAGUUGAUCAACAAUUACACGAGAGAGUGAGUUAUGUUAAACCAUAGGACACAUUACUACAAUGCUGAGAAAGGUCAUGAUGUGUUUGAAGAUGAAUCAAGUUUAAGCGACUUUAUUGUUGAGUCUGACGACAACGCCGAUUAUACUAGUAUAGACUCACAUGUUGAAGUAAGGCCAAAAAAUGGCAAGGACACACCUGAGCAUUCGGACACCAUUGAGUCGGACACAACCCUGAGGGGACGAUACACUGGCAGCAAAUGCAUCUCAGACAGCAGCUCAGAAAGUGACAGCAGUAAAGGUGGUGAUGAGAGCGAAAAGAUAUCUGCAGGAUCCAGAUACCUAAAGAAGAGUUACCAUCAAAUCGCCAUUCCAUCAGAUGAUGAUGAGCAGGAUAAGGAUGAUGCCUCACGUAAUCUGAAGCAGGGAUCUGGCACGAAGAGGAGAUACUCGUACAUAAACAGCAGCACCAGUAGUAGCGAAUCAGAGCAAGAGGGGAUAAGAAAGGUUCUUGCUGAUGAAGGCACUGAUUGUGACAAUGAGCAGGUCGUCAAACAUUCAGAGCGGAAUGUCAAACUUUGUGAGCAGCGAAGAGAGAAGAAGGAACAGAUGUUUACAAAGCUUCGUGAGCAGAGGGACAGGCAACGGAAUAAAUCUGCCAGCAACAAGGUAACGUGACUUUCCUCGAAUAUAAGAAAAGACGGCAAAAGAGAGUAAAAGCUUUCGACACAUAAAUACCUACAGUUACUUACCUGAUUUACAAAUAAUAUCAAGAAUGUGUCACUACUACUAAUGGAGAUUUGUAGUAGUCGAUAGCAUGAUAUUACCCCGAUUUAUCUGUAAAUAUGUUUUGAAGUGACAUUUUUGCCUGUAUCCAUCAAUGUAGCUAGCCAUCAUCAUCUAUGUAAGAAUUUUGUGCAUAAAGGUGAAUGACACACAAAAGCUGCCUUGUUCGAUCCAUGCAUACCCAUAUUGACAUCCCACAAGUGUGCAAUGCGAGUAAUAUCAUAGACUAAGAAUAUCUCAUAGAUAGGCUUGUUUGUGCUAAAACAUGGCAUUUAUAUUGGCAAUCAGGAAAUUGUAGUGGCUAAGUGUGUGUAUACUAACAUAUAUGACAGCUUUUCCUCGGGGGAGUGCCGUUUUAAACCUAAACCAAUGUACUUAUUUAAAUGUGAGGCAACAGAAACAGUCGCAUGUACAGCACUAUAUUGUGUGAUGGGGGUUUACACUCUUUGGCAGUGUACGUCAUAAUCAUUAUCAUGUAGUGCACUCUACCGCAGCUAUCAAUGUUUUGCUAGAGCUGUAGUUAUUGAGUGCUACCAUGAACAUAUAUCUAUACUGUAUUGAUAUGUUAAUGGUCUUACUAUAUACUGUACUGCAUGCACUACAGAGCUGUAAAGGUUAUAAUUAUGGAUCUAUCUUGGUUAAUUUUAACUCAACCGUGUUGAUUCAAAACGUACUGCUGACAGAGUUAUAAUUAUGCAUUGAAGCUUUUCGAUUUUGUCAUCUCAUUAAAGUAAAUAAUCUCAAGUAGUUAUUCCUGAACACUGGGUUGCAAGUAAAGCUUUAGUUAUUACAGCAUUUUAAUUUACAAGCACAAAGAAUUGCAAAUAAAGUCACAGUGUGAACUAAUAGUGCAAUGUGCAUGGACCAUAAGGCUGUACCGUAGCAGUCAGCAUCGGCACCCCAUCCCCUGGAAAAUAUUAGGAGUAUCACUGAUUUCAAAUGUCGAGGAUAUAUAUUUAAGUACACGUUGACAUUAUUGAUAAUAAUAUUGAGUAUGAUUGUAAAUUAGCAAGAUUUCUACAUUAAACACGUUUCUUUUAGUAGAAUACUAUGUUAAAGUAAAUUUAAGUUUAUUAGUGUAAAUCAAAAUGAGUUUUUUAUUUAGAGUCUAUAAUUACAAACUUAUUAUUGUUUUGUCUUAGAUAAGAAUGUAAAUAAUAUUUAAAGCCAUAAAUUACAAGUCAAACUUGCUGUUAGUAAAUAAACCUGUGCAACCAUGCACUUUGGU